AAAUGAAUGUAAGUCUGAUGUACCAAAAUGCAAAAUCACUGUCGGUGUGUUUGAAGUGUAAGAGAACGUAAUCUCAGCUCACCUAUUUAGCCUACUAUAAUGUUUGUAUUGUAGGCCUACAUCGUGUCUGGCAAAUUGAAGAUUAGAUGCGUAUUGUGCAAUUCGACGAACAACAACCUGGAGAGAGGCGAGCGUCUUUGUCCAUGUAUGCUCCUUCAACCCAUACACCUCCAGUUGCCGCCGGUCCAGUCUGUGACGUCACAUUCUAAACACUGUGGUUGGUUGUGUGCUUGUAAACAAAUAGGAUACUGAUUUCGUCCUGGGCACAAGGCAGGCAAGACACGCGGGAAAGAAUAGAACUGGAGAGAGUGAACACAUUUUUUUUAUGAGCGCAGUGCACACGAAGCGGCGAUGCAACAGAUGUGUGCUGGUUAUUAGGUGGGAUAUUUUUGUCCUUUUAUUGGAGAAAAAAAUUCUAGGGGGAAUGGAAUGUGUUAUGGCAGCCUUUUCUGUUAAUAACGCCACUGUCACUAACUCCAUCAUAAUGAACACCAAUGGGCCUCCUGAUCUGAUGCUGGACCCCAGAACUGUAUGCGUAUCUAUCGAUGAGGUGGUAUCCAAUCAUGUGAGAAGUCAACAGACUCCAUUAUUACAUGGGCAUCUCAAGAAAGUGGAGAACAGUCUAACUGAAGCCCAACGUUUUUCCUACCUGCCACGUCGACCAGCAGUUAACAUUGAAUUCAAAGAUGUCUGCUACUCAGUUCCUGAGGGACCAUGGUGGGGAAAGAAAGGUUACAAGACCCUGCUGAAAGGGAUCUCUGGGAAAUUUACCAGCGGCUGCCUGGUGGCCAUCAUGGGUCCCUCAGGAGCUGGGAAAUCUACGCUGAUGAAUAUUCUGUCCGGCUACAGGGAAACAGGGAUGAAGGGGGAGAUCUUGAUCAAUGGACAGCCUCGCGACCUGCGCUCUUUCAGGAAGGUCUCGUGCUACAUCAUGCAGGACGACAUGCUUCUGCCUCACCUCACAGUACAGGAGGCCAUGAUGGUGUCUGCUAGUCUGAAGCUCCAGGAAAAGGAUGAGGGCAAGAGAGACAUGGUGAGGGAGAUCCUAACGGCCCUGGGCCUGCUUGAGUGUGCGAAAACUCGAACGUCACAUCUUUCAGGGGGGCAGAGGAAAAGGCUGGCCAUCGCCCUGGAGCUUGUCAACAACCCUCCCAUCAUGUUCUUUGAUGAGCCCACCAGUGGCCUGGACAGUUCCUCCUGUUUCCAGGUGUUGUCUCUGCUGAAGGCCCUGGCCCAUGGUGGCCGCACGGUCAUCUGCACCAUCCACCAGCCCAGCGCCAAGCUCUUUGAGCUCUUCAACAAGCUGUACGUCCUUAGCCAGGGCCAGUGUAUCUACAGAGGGAAAGUACCUAACCUGGUCCCUUACCUUAGAGAGCUGGGGCUCAACUGCCCAACAUACCACAAUCCUGCAGACUUUGUGAUGGAGGUGGCGUCUGGGGAGUACGGAGAUCAGACGGCUCGUCUGGUGAAAGCCGUGCAGGAGGGGAAAUGUGAGCAGGUCUACAAGACAGACAUGAACGAUGGACCCCUCAAACCCUUCCUGUGGCACAAAUCUUCUGAGGAGGACUCCCCUUCCGGUGAGGGCUGCCACAGUUUCUCGGCCAGUUGUCUGACUCAGUUCUGCAUCCUGUUCAAAAGGACGUUUCAAUGCAUCAUUAGAGAUACAGUGCUGACUCACCUAAGAAUCACCUCUCACAUUGGGAUUGGGAUUCUGAUUGGCCUGCUCUACCUGGGCAUCGGCAACGACGCCAAGAAAGUGCUCAGCAACUCCGGCUUCCUCUUCUUCUCCAUGCUCUUCCUCAUGUUUGCUGCCCUAAUGCCUACCGUUCUGACGUUCCCUUUGGAGAUGGGAGUGUUCCUAAGAGAGCACUUGAACUACUGGUACAGUCUGAAGGCGUACUAUCUGGCCAAGACUAUGGCGGACCUCCCCUUCCAGAUAGUGUUCCCAGUCGCCUACUGCAGCAUCGUCUACUGGAUGACGUCCCAGCCGCCUGACGCCGUGCGUUUCAUCCUUUUCUUGGCACUGGGAGUCCUCACCUCUCUUGUGGCCCAGUCUCUGGGCCUGCUGAUAGGAGCGGCUUCCACCUCGCUACAGGUUGCCACGUUUGUAGGUCCGGUGACUGCCAUACCCGUACUGCUUUUCUCUGGCUUCUUCGUCAGUUUCGACACAAUUCCGUGGUAUCUUCAGUGGAUGUCAUACAUUUCAUAUGUCAGGUAUGGCUUUGAAGGUGUCAUCCUCUCCAUCUACGGGCUGGACCGGAAGGACCUCCACUGCGACAAGGAUGAAACAUGUCACUUCCAGAAGUCGGAGGCCAUCUUGAAAGAGCUUGACGUGGAAGAUGCCAAACUGUACCUUGACUUCAUAGUCCUCGGCAUGUUCUUUGUGACCCUCCGCCUCCUUGCGUACUUUGUGCUGCGCUAUAAGAUCAGUGCAGAGAGGUAAACUGGGGAGUGGGGGUAGGAGGAAGAAGGCCCAGAUCGCUUGCAAGCUGGAAUACCGCUUCUAGAAACCUCCAGGCAGUGGCCCAGAGAUACACCAUGCACACCAAACUUUUGGCCAAAGACUACAGAAUAUCGACAACUGUUGUGUGAGAGUGUGCAUGCAGUAUGAAUCUACUUAGCUUAAACAAACAAAUAUGGCAGAGAGGAGCUCAGUGCCUAAGGCCAUGGGGUGAUUCCCAAUAUUACAAGAAUGUUCUUGUUUAAAAACCAAAACCAUUGGCUUAUUGAAGGCAAGGCUCCUGUCACAGUAGGAAUCUAGAUGUAAUCGCCUUGUGCAAGGGAACCAACUGUAAGUAAUGUAAGAGUUUGUUGUUGAUAGGCUCUUGUCUAGUCUGUAGUUCCAGACUGGUUUGUAUGACCACUGUGAAACCAAAUAAAUGAAAUGGCUUGGUGGAAGGACAAUGGGAAGACAGGGCCACACUUAAACAGGAGCUGGUUUCCUCCAAUGUGUCUUUUAUUAUAUAGGACUGCCAGAUCAAAUGGGUCUCUAAUCUGGGACCCUCGGUCAAUAAAGGGAAAGGCACAAUAUUGCUUGUUGCUAAUGUGGGAUAAAGCAAUCACAUACAUUCCAAGCAUGUGAGAGACUAUACAGUACCGAUACAUCCUGUCGUUUAUCCUGGGUGAGUUUCACAGUCAGUCAUGUGAAAUAGAAUUGAGAAUGAAGAGCAUUUUACACUGGUUCAUGUUCUGUCACACAAUCAAAUCAUAAGAGACAUGGCAGCCUAGGUUGGGGCUUGUUUUAUCUGUCAACCAUACCAAAGGGAUAUAGUGCUACCAGAUUUCUGUAAGAGACUAGGGGCUCUAUUUUAUCAAACUAAAUGCAAUGGUAAGUCUUAGUGCUGUUGGUAGGGCUUUGGUCCGGGGGUGUUUUUUUGCUAUUUUCACUGCAGAAAUUAUGGGCGCAGUAGCUGGCAGAUGUGUGAAAGGGCUAGAUUUUGAUGAAUAAAUAAGUUGGGAGGCUUGUCCCCUCACUGGCCAAACAGAACGUGAUCCAUGGCUAAAUAUGUGGGUGCUUCUAGUUGUGUAUUUACGGUCUUUCAUGUUUUAAGUUGUCAUCAAAGCCAAUUUGUAUGUUAGUCCGCUAUAGCCUAUAGUUUGUUAAAUAGCCUACAGAAACAAAAUAACAACAUGUAGGCAUAUUCCAUUCCUUUGCUAAAUACAUUGAACAUGUUUGCAGUCCAUAUUGUUCUAAGUAUAUAUAUAUAUUGUUCUUUUGCCAGCAGCAUACCACCCUGCGUACCACUGCUGGCUUGCUUCUGAAGCUAAGCAGGGUUGGUCCUGGUCAGUCCCUGGAUGGGAGACCAGAUGCUGCUGGAAGUGGUGUUGGAGGGCCAGUAGGAGGCACUCUUUCCUCUGGUCUAAAAAAUAUCCCAAUGCCCCAGGGCAGUGAUUGGGGACACUGCCCUGUGUAGGGUGCCGUCUUUCGGAUGGGAUGGGAUAAACGGGUGUCCUGACUCUCUGAGGUCAUUAAAGAUCCCAUGGCACUUAUCGUAAGAGUAGGGGUGUUAACCCCGGUGUCCUGGCUUAAUUCCCAAUCUGGCCCUCAAACCAUCAUGGUCACCUAAUAAUCCCCAGUUUACAAUUGGCUCAUUCAUCCCCCUCCUCUCCCCUGUAACUAUUCCCCAGGUUGUUGCUGCAAAUGAGAACGUGUUCUCAGUCAACUUACCUGGUAAAAUAAAUAAAUCAAUAAAUAAAGUAUUUGCAUUGCUUCAAUAUGGAAAUACACUACCGUUCAAAAGUUUGGGUCACUGAGAAGUGUCCUUGUUUUUGAAAGAAAAGCAAAUUUUUUGUCCAUUAAAAUAACAUAAAAUUGAUCAGAAAUACAAUGUAGACAUUGUUAAUGUUGUAAAUGACUAUUGUAUCUGGAAACGGCAGAUUAUUUAUGGAAUAUUUACAUAGACGUAGAGGCCCAUUAUCAGCAACCAUCACUCCUGUGUUCCAAUGGCAUGUUGUGUUAGCUAAUCCCAAGUUUAUAAUUUUAAAAGGCUAAUUGAUCAUUAGAAAACCCUUUUGCAAUUAUGUUAGCACAGCUGAAAACUGUUGUGCUAAUUAAAGAAGCAAUAAAACUGUCCUUCUUUAGACUAGUUGACUAUCUGGAGCAUCAGCAUUUGUGGGUUCGAUUACAGGCUCAAAAUGGCCAGAAACAAAGACCUUUCUUCCGAAACUCGUCAGUCUAUUCUUGUUCUGAGAAAUGAAGGCUAUUCUAUGCGAGAAAUUGCCAAGAAACUGAAGAUCUCAUACAACACUGUAUACUACUCCCUUCACAGAACAGUGCAAACUGGCUCAAACCAAAAUAGAAAGAUGAGUGGGAGGCCCCGGUGCACAACUGAGCAAGAAGACAAGUACAUUAGAGUGUCUUGUUUGAGAAACAGAUGCCUCCCAAGUCCUCAACUGGCAGCUUCAUUAAAUAGUACCUGCAAAACACCAGUCUCAACGUCAACCGUAAAGAGGCGACUCCGGGAUGCUGGCCUUCUUCUCAUCGAAUCACAGCCUACUUUCGCCAAACAGGUGAUAAUUUAACAAGUGCAUUCGCGAAAAAGCACUGUCGUUGCACCAAUGUGUACCUAACCAUAAACAUCAAUGCCUUUCUUUAAAAUCAAUACACAAGUAUAUAUUUUUAAACCUGCAUAUUUAGUCAAUAUUGCCUGCUAACAUGAAUAUCUUUUAACUAGGGAAAUUGUGCCACUUCUCUUGCGUUCCGUGCAAGCAUAGUCAGCGUAUAUGCAGCAGUUUGGACCGCCUGGCUCGUUGCGAACUAUGUGAAGACCAUUUCUUCCUAACAAAGACCGUAAUUAAUUUGCCAGAAUUGUACAUAAUUAUAACAUAACAUUGAAGGUUGUGCAAUGUAACAGCAAUAUUUAGACUUAGGGAUGCAACCCGUUCUUUCAGUGAAAUACGGAACGGUUGCGUAUUUCACUGAAAGAAUAAACGUUUUGUUUUCGAAAUGAUAGUUUCCGGAUUUGAACAUAUUAAUGACCUAAGGCUCGUAUUUCUGUGUAUUAUUAUGUUAUAGUCUAUGAUUUGAUAUUUGAUAGAGCAGUCUGACUGAGCGGUGGUAGACAGCAGUAGGCUCGUAAGUAUUCAU